AUGGUUAAAGAAGCGCGACACAUUACCGUGCGUAUCGGCGCUGACGCGCGCCACGUUGGGGAUGUCAAACGUGUACAAGUCGUCCCCAGUGCCGGGCGGGAUCAGCUCGCCCAUGUACUCGCCCAGGUAUCGGUCCUUGAGGAUCUGCCGGCCCGGCUUGACGUAGACGCCGUAGCCCAGGUCCGCGCUGCCCGUGUGCCGGAUCUCGAGGCACUUUUUGACGCGGCGGACGGGACCCCGCGCCCAGAAGAGUCGGCACUCGUCAUUGUCGCACGACUCGUCAAACUCCUGGCACACGAGGCAGAUGAGCUCAUCCUUGUCCUUGCCGAGAACCCGGUCCACGGUCGUGAGUCUGGCGGCGGCGCCUCUUCGGCGUCGGGCCCCCGGCGGUCGGUAUGUCAGCCACUUGGCCGGAUCCAUCCGGUAUUCUUGAAUGUGCUUUGGCGCCGGACUGCCCCGGAUGCGUCGCUUGCGAGUUCGGUGUUGAUCCCAGCCUCGGAAGGGUGA